CUUAAUCCAAAUUAAGUGUUACAGAAAUGGGGAGCCAGAAGCGUACAUCCUUCGAACAUUAACUCAAUCAAUCUAUCAAUGUCUCGAUAAACAUAACAUCCACUGAAAAAUCGUGCCGAAAAUUGAAAAUAAAUGGAUAAUUUAAGUCAACAAAAAGAGGAGCUUUCUGCUGUUGAAAGUAUUUUUAAUGUUUAUGAAAAAAAUUUAACUUUCGAAGAUCAAAUACCAGUUUGUGGCCAUUUUAAAGCUAAUGUUUGGUUACCUACUCCAUUCUAUGUUACAUAUAAUAUUGAAAAUAUUCCUGCAUCUGAAAUUGGUGCGGAAAAUUCAGAUACAAAAAAUUCCAGAGCUGAAACAUUUAAAGUGGAAAAUCUGCCACCUAUUAAUUUAUUCUUCGAAUUUCCUGAUUCGUAUCCUUCAGAGACAUGCCCAGCAUUUUUGCUAUCCUGUAAUUGGCUAUCUCUUGCUCAAAUAUCUGAACUGUGUAAGCAUUUAGAAUCAUUGUGGGACAAAGAUAUGCCGGUGUUGUAUUCAUGGUGUCAAUUUCUUGAAAGUGAAGUUGCUGAAUUUUAUAAAUUUGAUCGAUAUCUUGAUGUCUCCGAAAUACUGUCUUACAAAGGUGGCUGUAAUUUUCGGAAUUCUAAAAAUUCUACAGGCGAAUUUAAAGAAUCAAAUAAUACCAUGGCUAAGGAUUCUUUUAUGGCCUUUAAACCAUCCAUUUCUGGGGGUGAAGGCUUAAUUGAUGUAAGAGCUCUUAAUGAUAUAGCAGAUGGUAGGUCUUUGAUCAAUUUACUAAAAUCAUAUGAUAACUAUAAAACUGCUGAUAUUUUCAAUAGAAAAUUCCAUGAAUGUGAUAUUUGCAUGACUACGAAGUUAGGGGCAGAUUUUGCAGCAUUUAAAAUAUGUAAACAUUCUUUUUGCAAAGAGUGUCUAAAGGAAUUCUUUGAAGUUCAUAUUCGUGAAGGAAAUGUGAAUUGCUUGAAUUGUCCAAGUGAGAAAUGUAAUACUCAAGCUGAUGGGACUAUGGUACAACAAAUUGUUGAUAAAGGUUUAUUUGAAAGGUAUGACGAUAUAUUAUUGUCGAGAACUUUGGAAACUAUGUCAGAUAUUGCUUAUUGUCCUCGUAAAUCCUGCCAAUGUGCUGUACUUAUUGAUCUGAAUGACCGCAUAGGAAGAUGUCCUCAAUGUACUUUUGCAUUUUGCCCCUAUUGCAAAAUGGCUUAUCAUGGUGUUGCACCUUGCACUUUUAAAUCAGAACAAAAGAAAGCAAUAUUUGAGCAAUACAUGAGCGGUGAUUCAGAAGUGAAGGAACAGUUGGAAAAAAGGCAUGGAAAAAGAGCUAUUAAAGCUUUAGUUGAAGAUUCAUUAUCAGAGUCUUGGAAGAAUUCUAACAGUAAAAGUUGUCCUUCUUGUAAAGCCAGCAUUGAGAAAAGUGAUGGAUGUAAUAAAAUGACGUGUUUCAAAUGUGCUACCUUUUUCUGUUGGGAGUGUAUGAAAAUAUUAGAAUCAUCAAAUCCUUACUUUCAUUUUAAUGCUUUAAAUGCUAGGUGCACUCUUUUUCCAGACGAUGAGUUGGAUAAUCAAUUUGAGUUCGAGCCUGGAGAAUUUCUACAUUUCUUGUAAAAGUUGUUCUACAUUUUGAAGUUACCUACUGAUUAGCUUGUAAUCUAUUAUUAAUAUGUAUUAUAGGGGUGAACAACCUGCUGAAAAAAGUUCAAAAUUUAAAAUUUUUUUUUUAUAACAUUAUAAAGAACACCUUAGUGUUCAAAUUCAAAAAUGUUUAAAGGUACAAAAUAAGAUGUCAAAAGAUUUGAAGUUUUUGUUGUUUAAAUUUAAAAAGAAAAAUUUAAAUUGUUCGUUUGCAAUAAGGAUUAAAUUAAUUUUUACUCAAAAAUAACUAGAAACCUAUUUUAAUUUUAAAUUUAUUAAAGAAGACAAACAGUGCGAAACUUUAUUUGAAAAUACAAUGUAUUUUUCAAAAAUUAUAUUCAAUUGUCCUUUUCUUAGACUAACUAUUGUUAUGAUAUUAAUUGAUUAAGAAACAUUUAUAUUAUAAGAAAUUCAUAUUAAAACUAAAUUCAUAAUGGCCUUGAAAAAAAUUUUUUUUCUAUCAUCCACAUCCAAAAGGUUGCGCUAUGUGAAACUGUGUUUACCAAGAAAUUCAAGCCUGGAGAGUUCCUAUAUUUCUUUUGUUAAUUUUUUUUUUUGUAAUGGAAAUUAAAGUGAAUGUUUUCUUUCUCUGUAUUUCACAUUAAAUGAUCUUUUUAAUAUACUUUUAUUACAGAAACAAAAUAUAUACAUGUAGCUUUAUGCUAUAUGUUCUGAAUUUCUUAUUACAAACUUCUUCCUGAUUAGCUUGUAUUAAUAUGUAUUAUAGGGUUGAACAACCUGCAGAAAAAAGUUCAAAAGUUUUAAAACUUUUUUAAUAAAGUUAUAAAAAACACCCUUAGUGUUAAAAUUCAAGAAUGUUUAAAGGUACAGAGUAAAAGCGUCUAAAGAUUUGAGGUUUUCGCACUUUUUAAUUUUUUUAGCGAAAAUUUAAAAUUGUUAGUUUGCAAUAAAAAUUAGUAAAAUUAAUUUAUAAUCAAAGUUGUGCACAUUAUGCUAAACCUAUUUUAUAUAUAUAUAAUACUAAACCUACAUUAUAAUACUACAGUAUAAUACUAAACCUAUUUUAAUUUAAAUUUAUUAAAGAAGACAAAGAGAGCAAAACUUAAGAUGAAAAUACCAUGUGUGUAUUUUGUAAAAAUUAUGAUUAAUUGGCCUUUUUUUAGGCAAACUAUUGUUUUCAUUUACAAUAAGAAACAUUUAAAUUAUAGAAAUUCAUAUUAAAACAAAAUUCCUAAUGGCCUCCAAAAUUUUUUUUCUUUUUCUGCCACAUACAUUCUAAAGGUUGUGCACCCUAAUGUGAAACUAUUUGUUUAUAUACCAAGAAAUUUAAGCCUGGAAAGUUCCUGUAUUUGUUUUAUUCAUUUUUUAAUACAAAUUUAUCUAUGUUACAAAAACGAAAUAUACAUGGGUAGGUUUAUCCUAUAGAUAUUUCAGUUUUUCUUAUUAGAUAUUUUCCGAAAAAAAAAGUGGAAAUGGUGGCUUUCCAUUCGUUAUUUGUUAUAUUUUUUAUUCUUAAAAAGUUAAUGUAAACUUGCAUAUAUCAUGUACAGUACUUAUAAGAAUAGUAUUUUAUUAUGUAUUGUGGUGUCUUGUUUAUGAAUCUGUUAAUUUCAAAUCUUCAGUUAAUGAGAGAAAAUGAAUGGUUCCAGCCAUUUUUCAUUAGAAUGAUGCCUAUUGUAUUUUACUCAUCAGAUAUUGCAGAUAAAUUUUUGCAUUUUGAGUGUUCUGUUUUUGCCACUUGAAAUUUCCUUGUAAAAGAUGAAGUCAAAAACAUGCAGAUAAGGGUUGCAAAAUAAUAUUUAAAUUUAGAGGAAAUGCCACUAAAAUAUGUAGGUCACUAUUGAAGAAGGCAAAUUAAAAAUGUCAAAAUCUGCUUUGUUACUUCAGGAAAUAGACGAGUUAAAAACUGAUUUUUGAAACAUCUAGUUUCACGAGGCGAUUAAUGAUCUCUAUCCCUUACUUAAUAGUAUUUUUGUUUGUCAGAAUAUGGUAGCAUUUUAUACCUUUUUAACAGUCAUUAAGUAUAUUAAAGAUGCUGUUUGCAGAUCACCUUAUCUAUCCCAUAAAGAAAUGAAAAUUUUUUCCUCCAAGCAAUUUUUAAACCUAGACUGUUAUUGUUUCCAAAGAUGGCUCUAA